GAGAAAUCGAAACCUAUCUGUGAAAUAACUACGUUGCUCUAGUAAUAAUUCUCCCAUUUUGAGUCCAGAUCACACUGCCAGCAGCUCAGCAUACCUGAACAAGUCAGUUUCGGAAAUGGCUUUUAAUCAGCAGUCACCUUUUUAUAACCCAAUAAUCCCCUUCACUGGAUCAAUCCAUGGUGGUCUGCAGGAGGGAAAGUCCAUCAGCAUCAGUGGACGAGUCCUGCCUGGAGCCGAUAGGUUCCAUGUGAAUUUACAGUGUGGUUCACAUAGCAAUGCAGACAUUGCUCUCCACAUUAACCCACGGUAUGACAGUCACCCUGGUUAUGUGGUUACCAAUACCUUCCAGCAUGGAGCGUGGGGCACUGAAGAGAGAAAGACCAACUCUCCGUUCCCUGUUGGCUCUAGCUUCAGCCUGCUCAUCACAGUCUCCCGCGAUUCCUACCAGCUGAAUGUCGGUGGCAUCCAUUUGAUGGAGUACAGACAUCGGAUCCCAUUUCACCAGGUGAACACCAUCUCUAUAGGCGGGAAAGUUGAAAUUUCCUCCAUUGCCUUCCAGAACUCUAUGUUCCCUGGACAGGUGGCAUUUCCUGCUCAGCCUGCGUUUGCUUCACAUGUAGCCUAUCAGACCCAGGCUGGCUUCCCAGCAUUUCCACCUCAGCCUGGAUUCCCCCCACAGCCUGGAUUUCCCUCGCAGCCUGGAUUUCCUCCUGCAAUGGCUGCUGUUCCAUACAGGAACAUCAUAAGUGGUGGACUUCAACCUGGCAGGACCAUCACUAUCCAGGGGACUAUUCACCCCAGUGCCACAAGGUUCCAUGUGAAUCUUAGCCAUCAGUCUGGCAUCGCUCUGCAUUACAAUCCACGUUUCAGUGAGAACAUUGUGGUUCGAAACACCAAGCAAAGGGAACAGUGGGGCAACGAGGAACGCGGCGGAGGGAUGCCCUUCCACCGGGGACAGCCUUUUACGUUGACCAUCUGUUGUGAGAAUAACUCCUUCAGGAUUGUUGUCAAUGGGAUGCAGGCACACAACUUUAGGCAUCGUUUCACUCCCAUCCAACACAUUAACACCCUGGAGAUUGAUGGAGACAUCAGUCUGACCUCUGUGAUGGUGUAGAGAUCCAGGACCUCUGGCUGGUGUUGACAUCACAACAUGGUUUUGGUGACCACAGCUAUUGCAUUUAUUAAUUUUUUUUCCUUUUACUUUUUCCUUUUACAUUACUUUGGAUCUUGUUUAUUUGUCUGGUGUAUUCAUAAUACAAAUAAUCAUUCUCAUUUUUUAUUAUAUGCUAUAUAUUUCUUGAAAAUAUUGGUCCUUUAACGAAAAAUCCACCAAUUGUUAUCAGGUUCAGUAAAUUAAUAGUUCAUUCAAAAGUUCAUUCAGCUAAAAUUUAAUCUGGGAUUUGUCUUAAGUAUUCUCUGCAAUGUAGUCACUUAAGUGCAAGAGCAUAAGUUGAGAAAAAAACACAACACUUUGUUUUUACUGAACAUCAGACUGAAUGCAGCUAACAAAGGUGGAUUUGUCAAAAGUUCCACCAAUAUUUGAAAAUUAUAAGAAUCUCUAACAAAAUGCUUACAAGUGCAGGCUAAUUGUAAUAAUUAAUGCUUUGUGAAACAUUAAAAUUAAAAUAUAGUUCGACAAA